CACGCACCUGUUUCUUCUUCGUUGGAGUUUUACAACAGUUGGACUUGGCGUCCAUAGAGUCGCAUUACGGCCAUACGCACCUGUUUUAUGCACUUUAUUACCUUUAAACUUUAUUUUAACUUCUCAUCGCGAACUUUAAACAGAUGUUAAUACUGAGAAACCCUGAAUCCCCAGAAUGGCUCUGAGACACCUGUCAGUGAAGGCGCUCCUCUUCUUUGGGCUCUGUCAGGUGGGACGCAGGGGGUUUGCCUCUGCUCCUGAACUCAGAGAGCCACCAAAGAAAAUUGCAAUAAUUGGCAGUGGUAUCGGAGGCACGGCAGCAGCGUUUUUCUUGAGACAAGAGUUUGGACCGGCAGUGAAGAUCGAAGUGUUUGAGGCUGGGACUGUGGGAGGUCGUCUGGCCACUGAAAACAUUGGAGGAUAUGAAUAUGAGACGGGAGGAUCUAUUAUUCACCCCCUCAACCUGCACAUGAAGCACUUUGUGGACAGACUCGGUCUGUCUCCUCGUGCUGAUGUUUCUUCUAAGCUGGCGAUAUUUGACGGGAAGGAGCUGACGUUUGAAGAGAGCGACUGGUUCAUAGUGAACGUCAUACGCAUGCUGUGGAGAUACGGAUUUAACUUCAUUCGAAUGCAUAUGUGGGUGGAGGGCAUACUGGACAAGUUUAUGAGAAUAUAUCAGUACCAGCAGUUUGGCUACUCAUUCUCCAGCGUGGAGAAGCUGCUUCAUGCUAUGGGUGGAGACGGCUUCCUCUCUCUGGUCAAUCAGACGCUGGAGGAGACCAUGCUGGCUGAGGGUUUCUCUCAGGUCUUUCUCAAUGACGUCGUAACACCCGUCACAAGAGUCAACUACGGCCAAAGUGUCCGAAUCAAUGGAUUUGUGGGUGCUAUUGCACUAGCAGGAGCCGACUCAGGAUUGUGGGCAGUGGAUGGAGGGAAUAAGCUGGUUUGUUCCGGGCUUCUGUACCACAGCAAAGCUGAACUUAUUCCAGCUCGUGUGACAGCCAUCUCCAUGAAGACGAGACCAUCCAAAACUGGUUCCGCUGCAUAUUUCUACGAAGUGAACUAUGUUGGCGGGUCUGGUGCCGCCCAUUCCACGUACGACAUAGUUGUAGUUGCCACACCUCUCCACCAGGGCAUGUCUGACAUCAACUUCUCAGGCUUUUCUCCUCCCAUUCCAACCCACUUCCCUGGUCGCUUCCACCAAACGGUGGCCACGCUGGUGCACGGUCUGCUCAAUGUGUCCUAUUUGGGCACCACAGUGAAGCCGGAAGACUUCUUUGUUUCUGCCGUCCUCACAGUAGACAACAAAGCCUGUGAGAUCCACAGCCUGAGCUCUCUGAACCCAGUGAAGAUUCCCAAGGGUUACUCGCCCAGCCCUGCCAGUCAACAAAAAGUAUGGAAGAUCUUCUCCCCUCAGCCACUUUCUCAGAAGAACCUGCAGGAAAUCUUCCUUUCCUGGGACUCUGUGUCGGAGAGGCGCUGGCUCGCGUACCCCUCCUACAGCCCACCGCACCGCAGGACGCCUCCCUUCAUCCUCCAUGAUCGCCUCUACUACCUCAACGCCGUGGAGUGGGCGGCCAGCGCCAUGGAGAUGAGUGCCAUUUCCGCCCGUAAUCUGGCCCUGCUCACCCACCACCGCUGGUACGAGCAGACGGGCAAAAUCGACCAAGAGGACCUGCACACCAGACUCAGAGGUGAACUCUGACAGAGCAGCUCUGCAGAAAUGCUUUGGGUUCAUAAGCAAUUAAAUCUAGUAUGGAGAUGAGAGACAGACCUGUGCUGUAUAUUUUUAAAAUGAAUUUUUUAGGUUAUUACAUAAGUAAUUAAAAAUUAACACAUCCACAAUAAUCAUUACUGAAAUGAGAAAUGGGUUUCACUAGUGCUGUUUAUAUGA